ACGAUACCAGCCCUAGUCGACUGUAGAUUACCUGCUAACAGCCUCGGGAUAUGUGCCGGCGGAAACAAAGUCUGGCGGCCCCGUGUCAAAUUUGUUAGUGGCCGUGAUGGCUGCAGUAUAAAUACCCGUAGGUUUAGACACCAAAGCCUAGAGUGUGGCAAUUGUUCCUCCUCAACAUGGUCUAUACGAUCUUGCUUCAACUGCUCGCCGCCGCUGCAGCCUUCACUCCUAUACAAGCCGGACACUCAGGUCAGGUAUGGAAAGAGGGUAAAAUUAAGACUUUGGUCACCUUUGGGGAUUCGUAUACGGACGAGAACCGUCUUGGGUACUUCAUCCAAAACAAUGGCUCAGCACCCCCAGUAGGAUGGGAUCAGCCUGUUGGUCUAGCGACUGCCUCGGGUGGUCUUUCUUGGGCGCGCUAUGCCAGCAUUUACUCCUCAGCGAAGCUUUACAAUUACGCGGUCUCGGGCGCUGUGUGUUCUAACAAUAUCACUCCCCGCGCGCUAUCACCUACAUCUAACUUCCCAGACAUUGAAGGCUACGAAUUGCCCGCUUUCAUUGCAGACUCGAAGUACGUUUCGCCAUCCACAGGCAAGCCAUUCUUUACCGGCUCACAAGAUACGACUGCCUACGCAAUCUGGAUCGGUACCAACGAUUUGGGCAAUAAGGCAUUCAUCACCAACUCGCAGCGCCCCAAUAAGACUGUCUCGGACUAUAUCAACUGCGUCUACAAUACCGUCGAUGGCUUGUACAACAAUGGCGGCCGCUACUUUGUUCUCCUAAACCUGGCGCCCCUCGAACUCCUUCCUCAAUACCAGCUGCCCUCUCAAGGCGGCCUCACAGCAACCCAGUUCUGGCCUGCAGACGGCCGCAACCAAACCGAUGUGCACUACCGUAUGCAGAAUACCGUCGCAGCUUUGAAUAUCGUGUACGAGUACCGCACGCCCUUUGCCGCUCUCGUCUCGAAGAAGUACCCGGACGCUCAUUUUGCUAGCUACAACGUCAACGGUCUUAUGACUGACAUUCACUCCAAUCCUUCCCAGUACCUCAAUGGUACUGCGCCGCUCAAUGUGACCGGAACGAGCAAGACGUGUGCAACGGUCACCGGACAGAAUUGCACGUUGAAUGCGAGCCCUGAUAGCUUCGAGUGGUUCGAUGCUCUUCAUCCAAGCGAGCAGACAAGCAGGGUUGUGGCGAGAGAGUUUGUGAAUGUUAUAAGCGGAAAAGGGAAGUGGGGAACGUACUGGAGCUGAAUUUGCCAGGAGCAUAUGGCGGUCAAUAAGCCAUCGGUAAUGAUCGUCUCUGGAGGCCACAAAUUG